ACGACAGCCUAGUUAGCUGUCCACUCAUUUCUUUUUAAUAAAUUUUCUCUACAUUAUUUCCAUUUUCUUUGCUUGUAGUAGUAUAAUUUUUGUCUUCUUGAAAUCUCUAGAGAGAAGGAAAGAAUCCCAUUUCUUGAAUUCAUUUUUCUCUGGCUUGUUUCAAUAUUUUUUGAAGUGUUUCUUGAAAAUAUCUGGUUCCAUUUUUGUUGAAGAGAGAUCUGACCGGGAGGGGUUGCAUUUAGCUUUCUUGAUUUCAAAGGUUGUUGUUUAGAUUCUUGAUUUUCUUGAAUUGCAAGAAUUGUUAAAGAUUCUUCUCCCUUGUUUUUUUUUUUUUUUUGGUCUUUUGAGAGACGCCAUUGGAGUAGAAAUUACACCCACGCACAAGCUUAGCUAGUGUUUUAUAAGUCUACGCGUGGCUGUUAGGAUUGGCCUCGUGUAAUGCUGGGGUUACAGCUUUCUGAAACAAGGUCUAGCAACCUCUGUCUCGAUUGGGUUGCUUUGGUUUCUAGCAAAGAUUGUCAGGGUUCACUGUUUUCAGAGAUCUAGCUAGUGUUCUCUUUGUGUCUCAAAGUUUCAUAUUUUUUUGUGACGGGUACAGAAAGGUAUCAGAAAAAAUGAUGAAGAUGAAGACUGCUAAGGCAACUACUGGGCUGUCACACAUGAAUGGUGGCUCAGCCGGUGGUGGUGGUGAGUUGGAGGUUAGACCAGGAGGAAUGUUAGUACAGAAGAGAGACCCGGAUUCUGAUCGGACCUCUAUCCCUCCACCGACAAUUAGAAUCAAGGUUAAAUAUGGGUCAGCUUAUCAUGAAAUCAAUAUUAGCUCACAGGCUACAUUUGGGGAGUUGAAGAAAAUGUUGUCAGCACCCACAGGAUUGCAUCACCAAGAUCAGAAGCUGAUUUACAAAGAUAAAGAGAGGGAUUCAAAAGCAUUUCUUGAUAUUUCUGGAGUUAAGGACAGGUCCAAAAUGGUGCUAGUUGAGGACCCGAUUAGUCAGGAGAAGAGGUUUCUUGAGAUGAGAAAGAAUGCAAAGAUGGAGAAGGCGUCAAAAUUCAUAUCAGAAAUCAGCUUGGAAGUUGACCGGCUUGCCGGCCAGGUUUCAGCCUUUGAAUCAGUAAUUACUAAAGGUGGGAAAGUAGCAGAGAAAAGUGUGCUUAAUUUGAUCGAGUUAUUGAUGAGUCAAUUGUUGAAAUUGGAUGGAAUUAUGGUUGAUGGCGAUGUCAAAUUGCAAAGGAAAAUACAGGUUCAAAGGGUGCAAAAGUAUGUUGAGACUCUCGAUAUGUUGAAGAUCAAGAAUUCCAUGCCUAAUGGUAACGCCGACGAAAUCAAGGACUCCAUGCCUAUUGGUAAUGGACACCACGCACCAAUGCAGCAGCAACACAAACAUUCUAAUGGACAAAAAAUAGCCUCAAUUCAAAAGCGGCAACCAAGGUAUACCAAUGGACACACAUUAAUACCAAUCGAAGAAGAAGAAGAACAGCGGCACCCAUUCGAGCAUUUAUCAAUCCAUCAACAACAGCAGCCAUCAAGGCAUUCAGCAUCAGGGGAAGUUGUUGUAACCACGCAAUGGGAAACAUUUGAUUCUACUCCAGCUUUAGAGCCGGUCCCUUCAAUAUCUACAUCCUCCACAGCGACCAAAACUUCAGCCCCUCAGCCGAAGUUCCCUUGGGAUUUCUUCAACUAAACUCUAUUCCACGUAGUUGUUGUUUUCUCAUUGUGUGGAUGUGUUUUGGAUUUAUCUCCAGUUGGUUUGCUAUCUCCUCCAUUCUUUGAUGUAUUUAGAUUUCUUCAGCAACCCCUACUGUCUGUGUCUCACAUUCAGUUCAAGCAGGAAAUAAUUGGGGUUAGCACGGUAGUUGAUUAUUGCUAUUAAUCUCUUCUAUCUUGUAUUCUGUUGUACACAUAUUCAUUUGCCAUUCUGUACGGUUACUCAGUUUCCAGGCC